UCUCUCGACUCAUGGGACUCACCAACACACUCUCUAACGUGUCGUCUCGCGUGCUGCAGCACAGUGUGGAGUUUGAGGAGGCUCUCGCCACGCUGUGUGUGAUGACCGCUCCCAUGGACCCACACCUGGCCUCCGAACUCUGGGCAGUGAAACAGAGACCGACUGGAGAGGAGAUGAGAGGACCGUCUCGAAUGAUGAUGUGGGUUUGGAAAGAAUCCAACAGGAAGUUACCUCAGGGUGUUGAUGACAUGUUGAUGGGGCCUCUUAUCCAACACACAAAACGCUCUGCAACGCCCUGGUGAUGUCAUCAGAGUCCAUUGAGAUAAUUUGUUUGUGUGUGGUGUACCCAUGUGAAUACUUCAAGAAUCUGAGUUGAUGAACCAAAAUUGACAUGAAAAGCUAUGCAAAGUCAAGGUCUACGAGUUCAGUACACAAUCAUUUCACAGGAAUCUCCUCCAGAAUGUGAUUGUGACCAAAUAUCCCCUGACCCAAACUGAGAAUCCCCAGCCCUAUCACAUGAACAAUGUAGCUGAUGCUGAGUCAGGACAAAGGUUGACCCAUGUGACCUGAUGGUAUAAAAAUAGCCGGAAGAGGAAGUGUCUCCUGUACUGUCCAGUAGAACAUCCCCCUAUUGUCAAACACACAGAAACAAGCCCUCUAUUGAGGGGCUGGUACUAGGGGGCUGAACAUCUGGGCUGGGAGUAGGACUUGUGAUCUGGGAGGACUGGCGUGCUGGGAGUAGGAGCUUGGGAGCUAGAAGGGCUUGGGGCUGAGAG